AUGAACGUGAAUCAAGUGCACAAGUCGCAGGUGAAGCCCCUGGAGACGUGUUCGAGUAUCCUCAGUGACUAUGAGGAUAUCGAUGUUACCCUGGUCGAUGGCGAGAGCUACGUGUUGUUUAAUCCUAUUAAGGCUCAGGAAAGCGACAUAUUAUCGCUAACUAACACCCAGGACACCGAGGACGGCCUUGUUGACAUUGUCGACCAGCCUGAUCCCCAGGUCACGCCGCGCCGGGCCCAACAGCCCCUGGAGACUCUUCUCAACAAAAUCAAUAAGUGGUACAGUGCCACCAAUCCCUACGAUAUCGGCGAUGUCGAUGACAACGUGGCGCUGUGGAACCUAGACGAAAACCUCCGCACCACCCUGGGGUUGGUGGUGCGAGAGUUCUACGGCGACGACAUGUUUAAGUAUAUGGCCCGCGAAGACUUUGAUAAGGUGAAGCGGGUGACCCGCGACGUCGAGGUGUGGCUCCGGCGAGAGUCGCGUGGGUGGCUGAGCCAGUGGUCGGCGUUGGGGGCAGCGGCGCUGGCAGUCAAACUGCUGACGGAAACGCUUUCGGGGUUCGGCCCGGUGGUAUCGCGGAGCAGCAUGGAGGUGCCGGUGGAAGGGCUUCCCUUCGACGAAAAGGUGAUGUUUACCGUGGGGUCAGGGAUGAUCUACCUCCUCGGCCAAUUACCGUUGUACGGGCUCAAGCCGUCGGCGCCGCUUUUGAUCCUGGACCCGUUCUUCACCUUCCGCUCGAUCUUCGGCAUGGAAAAGGCCACCCUUUUCGAGCUCGGGUUGCUCCCAGUGAUCACCGCCGGCUUCCUCUGGCAAGUCGCUGUCGGCUGUCGCCUCGUCAACGUCAACUUGGCGUUGAGAAACGACCGUGAGUUGUUCCAAACGGGGCAAAAGUUGACGUCGAUCGCCCUCUCGAUCGCCAUGGCCGCCGGCCUCAUUUUCUCCGGCUACUACGACUCCGCCAUCCAGGGCCUGUCGCUCUCGAACCCGCUGGCGUCGAUCUCGUGGUACUUGGCCAUCUUCUGCCAAGUGGUGGGCUGGUCGUUCAUUAUUACCUUGAUGGUUGAAAUCUUCGACAAAGGCUACUCCUUUGGUUCGGGUAUCCUUUGUUUCCUUGCCCUUCAGGCCGCCACCAACAUGGUGCGUUCGAUCGUCGGUGUGGAAUCGUUCACCUUGGCCAACCUGAACCGGGUUGAAGCUUACGGUGCCUUCACCAACCUUUUCCGCAACUUCAAGAUCAGAGAACCUCAAGCGUUGUACAAGCUGAUUCUUGCGUCGUUCUCGCGGUUGUACUUGCCCAACUUCAUUGGCUUCUACGUUGCCAUUGCUGCCAUCUUCGCUGCUGUGUUCCUCCAAAACUUCCGGAUCGAAAUUCCCAUCCGUUCCACUAAGAUGAGAGGCAUGGCCAACGUCUACCCCAUCCGCUUGCUCUACACUGGUGCUUUGCCCCUUCUUUUUGCCUACACCGUGCUCGGUAAUGUUCAAGUGUUUGGGUUCAUCCUCGUGAGAGCGUUGGAAAGAUUGGGCUUGGAACUGGCCCUCACUCGCACCAUCAUCGGCGCUUACGCCUUGGACAUCAACAACAACUUGUUGGUGCCGGUGUCUGGUAUCUUGUCCUACCUUACCGCGUCGGCGUCGUUAGUUAACUCUGCCCUCUCCCCUAUCCGCACCGUGGUGUUCUCGGUUGUGGUGGUGGCGUUGGCGGUGUGGUUCGCCAACAAGUGGUCGGAAAUCUCGGGGUCGGCUCCCCGCGAUAUCGCCCUUCAAUUCAAGGAACAAAGCAUUACCAUCUUGGGUAAGCGUGAUGUCCUGGUGGCCAAGGAGUUGCAGAGAGUGAUCCCUGUGGCCGCGGUGUCCGGGGCGUUUGCCAUCACCGUGUUGGCGCUUGUGGGCGACUUCUUCGGUGGUUUGGGUGUCGGUGCCGCCGUGUUGAUCGGGGUGAUCUCGGCGUUUGCCAUUCUUGAAGAUUUCAUGAUGAACAUGCAACAGAGCGGCGGUGCCUCGCAAUUCACGAAUGCCUUGGGUUUACAAGGCUAA